GGCGUAGUAGUUGCGGCGUCUAUUCUCGCAGUAAAAUCCCUUCUACUGUAAAUUCUCGCACAAACGAAAACCACCCCCUCUCUCUCUCUCUCUCUUUCUCUCUCUCUCCACCGAUCUGAGGGCAUCGCCAUGGAGAUCUUUUGAGAGAUCGGAAAUGGCGAACUACCUCGCCCAGUUCCACACCAUCAAGAGCUCCUGCGAUCGCCUCGUCAUAGCAGUUGAAGAUGUAAGUGACCUGUGGCCUACGGUCAAAGAGAGUUUUGAAGCACGUCUGCCAUUAAAGAAGGCUGCCUUGAAUAACAAGACAAGAAAUUCUGUUAAUGUGGAGAAAUUGCUAGCUGAGUUUAUUUUGACCACUGACGCUAGGCUGCGUAGUCGGUUUCCACAGGAGCAGUCCCUGUUUUGGUUCAGGGAACCAUAUGCAACUGUUGUUCUUGUUACCUGCGAGGAUCUCGAUGAAUUUAAGACAAUUCUUAAACCACGGCUCAAAUUAAUGGUUCAAAAUGAUGAACGAGAGUGGUUCAUUGUGUUUGUGUCAAAAGCUCAUCCUAGCAAUGACCAAGCAUGUAAGAUGGCUAAAAGGGUAUAUGCUAAACUCGAGGUUGAUUUCAGUUCCAAGAAGAGAGAAAGAUGUUGCAAAUUGGACUUACAUGGAGCUGAUGAAAGUGUUUGGGAAGAUUUGGAUUCCAAAAUUGUUGAAUCCAUUAGGAAUACAUUGGAUAGACGAGUCCAAUUUUACGAAGAGGAAAUUCGCAAGCUUAGUGAGCAACGAUUUAUGCCAGUAUGGAACUUUUGCAACUUCUUUAUUCUGAAGGAAAGCUUAGCUUUCAUGUUUGAAAUGGCUCAUCUUCAUGAAGAUUCGUUACGGGAAUAUGAUGAAUUGGAACUUUGCUAUUUAGAAACAGUAAAUGCCCCAGGGAAGCAUAGAGAUUUUGGAGGAUUGGACAAAGGUGAUGAUCGGGCUUCUCUUCUGAAUCCAGGGAUUAAACCAUUAACACAAAUUGUGCAGGAUGAUUCAUUCAGAGAGUUUGAAUUUAGACAAUAUCUAUUUGCAUGCCAGUCAAAGCUAUUGUUUGCGUUAAAUCGUCCACUUGAGGUUGCUGCAAGGGGCUACUCAUUCAUCAUCAGCUUCUCAAAGACUCUUUCCUUGCAUGAAAGUUCACUGCCGUUUUGUUUGCGAGAAGUGUGGGUUAUAACUGCUUGCAUAGCUUUGAUUGAUUCGACAACUUCCAACUAUGAUGGCGGGAUUGUGACGCCUGAUGCUGAGAAGGAGUUCUAUCGUCUUCAAGGGGACCUUUAUUCACUUGCCCGAGUUAAGUUUGUGAGGCUUGCUUAUUUGGUCGGAUAUGGAGUUGAAAUAGAAAGAAGUCCAGCCAACAGUGCUUCUCUAAGCAUGCUGCCCUGGCCUAAACCUGCUAGCUGGCCUGUUGUCCCAGCUGACGGUUCAGCUGAAAUUCUUGCAAAGGAGAAGAUGAUUCUUCAAGCAAACCCAAGAGUAAAGCACUUCAAUAUCUUCAGGAAGCCAUUGCCUCUAGAACCUUCUUUGCUUCUACGAGAGGCCAAUCGGCGUAGAGCUUCCCUUUCUGUUGGGAAUGUGUCGGAGCUACUUGAUAUUCAUCAUAAUGAUGGUUCAGGUCCAGAUGGGAAUUCAAGGUUCCCGUCAAAUAGGGCUAAUGCUAGCUUUAUGUCACGAACAUAUUCUGGACCAGCAAGCGCUGAGAAUUCUGUGUCACUUGAUCGCCCUAUGAGAUUAUCAGAAAUCUACGUUGCGGCAGAGCAUGCACUGAAGCAGACAAUAUCAGAUCCCAAUUUACUUAUGCCAUUAUCGUCACUGCAAGAAUUUGAGAAGAAAUAUAUGGAGCUAACGAAAGGAGCAGCAGAUAACUACCACCGUUCUUGGUGGAAAAGACAUGGUGUUGUCCUCGAUGGUGAAAUUGCAGCUCUAUUAUUCAAGAAUGGCAAUUUUGACUUAGCUGCAAAGUCCUACGAAAAGGUCUGCGCUCUCUAUGCUGGUGAAGGCUGGCAAGACUUGUUGGCUGAAGUUCUCCCUGACCUUGCAGAAUGCCAGAAGAUUCUUAAUGAUGAAGCCGGGUACCUUUCCUCUUGUGUUAGGUUGCUAUCUUUGGACAGUGGCUUGUUUUUGAAUAAGGAGAGGCAAGCUUUCCAAUCGGAGGUUGUAAGGCUGGCUCACAGUGAGAUGAAGAAUCCGGUCCCACUCGAUGUUUCAUCGCUGAUAACAUUUUCGGGAAAUCCAGGCCCACCACUCGAGUUGUGUGAUGGGGAUCCAGGUAUAUUGUCGGUGACGAUUUGGAGCGGCUUUCCAGAUGAUAUCACUCUUGAAUCUCUUAGUUUGACACUGUCGGCUUCAUUUAAUGUGGAUGAAGGUCUCAAGGCAUUAAAGAGUGCAGAUCCUCUCAUACUAAAACCAGGCAGAAAUGUCAUCACUCUCGACCUUCCCCCACAAAAGCCGGGCUCAUAUGUGUUGGGGGCUCUUACUGGUCAGAUUGGGCACUUACGGUUUAGGUCUCAUAGCUUCUCUAAAGGUGGUCCAGCAGACACAGAUGACUUUAUGAGUUAUGAGAAACCAACAAGACCUGUUCUCAAGGUUCUCAACCCUAGACCUUUAGUCGAUAUUACCGCUGCAGUAUCAUCCGCGCUUCUUAUGAAUGAACUUCAAUGGAUCGGUCUAAUUGUGAAACCAAUAGACUAUUCUAUGAUGGGCGCUGUCCUACAUAUAGACACAGGACCGGGGCUAAAAAUUGAGGAGUCACAUAUGAUUGAGAUAGAGGAUCAUACCAACUAUUCAAAAAGCUCUGUGAAUUCUUCAAGAAGAUUUGAACAAAUUUUGCUUGAGAGUGGUAAAAUCGAGCUUCCCAAUUGGGCUAGUGAUAUAACGACAGUUGUGUGGUUUCCUGUUCGUGCUAUUGAUGACAGAAUUGCUAGAGGAGUAUCUGCAGUCUCCCCUCCGGUACAAAAUAUGGUAGAUGGAAUGAGAAUGAUUGCCCUGAAACUUGAAUUUGGAGCUUUCCGCAAUCAGAUAUUUGAAAGGACCAUUGCGGUGCAUUUCACUGAUCCAUUACAUGUCAGCACACGAGUUGCUGAUAAAUGCAGUGAUGGCACUCUACUUUUGCAGGUCAUAUUACAUUCCCAAGUGAAGGCUGCUCUGCGACUAUAUGAUGCAUGGCUAGAUCUUCAAGCUGGAUUUGUCCAUGUAGGAAAGGUUGAUGGACGACCUAUUUCGAGCUCAUUCCCCCUUGUUAUCUCUCCAUCUUCUACUGCAGGACUGCUGUUUACCAUACAACUAGCUAGUACCAAAGGCCAGGAUGAGGUAGUACAAACCGAUAGUAUACUGAACAUUAAAUAUGGAAUUUUGGGAGACAGAUCGACCGGUGCACAUGCACCUGUUCCUGUCGAAUCGGGAGAAUCUGAAGAACUGCUCUUUAAGAGUGCACUCACAUUGCAACGUCCCAUACUUGAUCCAUGUGUUGCAGUUGGUUUUCUUCCAUUUUCUUCUGAUUGCUUAAGAGUUGGUCAACUGGUGAAUAUGAGAUGGAGAGUCGAGAGAUUGAAAAAUCUAGAGGAGAAUAGUUCUUCAUGUGGAGAUGAGGUUCUGUACGAAGUAGAAGCAAACCAACAAAACUGGAUGAUUGCGGGGAGGAAGCGGGGACAUGUAUCACUCUCCACAUUGCAAGGCUCAAGGAUAGAGAUCACAUUGACAUGUGUACCUCUAGUUUCGGGAUAUAUUCGGCCCCCUCACUUGGGUCUACCUGAUGUUGGUGACGCGAACAUUAGCUGCAACCCUGCGGGGCCUCAUCUGGUGUGUGUUUUGCCGCCGACGCUUAGCUCUUCCUAUUGCAUUCCAGUUUGAUUCUUUUAUAAAUCUUUUCUUUUUCUUUCAUUUGGUAAGUACUCGUGAGAAUGUAAAUCAGUUUGAACUGAUUCGUGGGGGAAAGCUCAAUUUAUUCUUAGUUGGGAUAUCUUUUUCCACUGGUGAAAGCUUUGUACAACUGUUUUUGUGAGGAUCAAAAGACCCAGAAAGAGGAAUCGGCUAGGGUUGGAGAGGGAUGUAUUGACAAUGUUUCGUCUGUUUAGAUAUGUUGUGUAAAACUAUUGUCAUUAAUUUUCCAAGCUGUGUGGUAUUUACUUUA